AAGAAAUUAAUUUCUGUUCUAGCAGCUGAUAAAGUAAGAGAUGUUGUGGUUGAGAUUGAAAGCAAAUGCAUAAGAAAACCAUUUGUUGGAGGUUACCGGCAUAAAACAACUGGAGUAGAAUAUCAUCAUGCAUUUACACAAACACUAUCGCUAUACUUCAAGACAUCUGUAGGAGGAAAGAUAUGUCGUGAUACUCAAACAGUUGACUGGAGACAGAAGCAGCAGAAUACUAGUUACAGUGUGGCAACCCAGAUGUACAAAACUGAUCAUUAUGUACCAUGUAAUGAUGACAAGAUACUUGAAGCAAAGAGGUAUAUAGAGGCUGAUGAAUUGGAAAGGCAUACUGACUUGGAGGCAAAGUAUUCUCAGGUAGUUAUCAUUCAGCGUCAUUGGAGAGCGUAUGCAGCUCGGCAGAAGUUUGCAACUUUGAAGAUGGAGCAAGAGGAAUAUCUUCGUUGGGAAAGAAGGGAAAGAAUGAGAAUUGAAGGAGAAACUGAUGAAUGCUUGAGAAAAGAAACUGUUCGUAAAAUAUUCCCAAGGACAAGGGCUGAUUAUGAAAUGCUCUAUGCCAUGGUGGAAAACUGGCGCAAGGCUGAAAUUAAACGUAUAUCAAGCAUGAAAACUGUUGCCCCAAAGAAAGCAGAAUUCUGUUUGCUGCUCAAGAAGGAGAUUGACUCUCUUAAUGCUAUUGAGAGAUAUAGACUUGAACUCAAGAAAGAGAAACUAGCCAAGAAAGAAUUAAGCAUUAUGGAGAAGGUAAACGGUAUUCAAUACGUUUCUCUAUCCCUAGAAGUAUGUGCCACCCCAAUCACAUGGACAGGAUAUAAAGGGAAAGAAGUGACAAUGGAAACUGUACAGAUUCAGAGAGCAAAAGAGUUGAAGGAACUAUAUUAUAUCAUGUGCCAGGACAACAUCACAGCUAAGGAGCGAAUAGAACUCCUAAUUAGUCUUAAAUAUGCAAAUGAAUAUAAAGGCAAUAUACUUGUUACAAUUUGCUUGCAUGUUCUGUUACAGCUAAAAUCAUACAAUCCCAUGAUGACAAACGAAUUAAUUUCAUUAUUUGAAAGGGAAUGCAACUGCCUUCUGCACGGUGUGAAAUCCGAGGAUUUAGACAGCCUACGUCAGCGAACCCAGAAAAGUUUUAUUGAACUAAUGAAAAAUCCAGAAUUCAAUCCCGAAGCAGCUAAACACACGGUAGCUUACUUCAUCAUUAUGUUAUGUUCCAUCCAUGUAAUCACUAUAAAAUAUAAAUUUCACAUUUAUGUACAGGUGUACGAUUGGAAAGGAAAUGAAGGGAAACUGAACUUCUGCCAACGAUGCCAAAGACUGAAACCAUUUAAUGAGUUUGCAAUCUCUGCAACGACACAGAUGUUGGAAAGGUGCAUUUCCUGUGCCUGGACAGAUGAGAUUGCUAGGUCCAGAACUGAUCUGGAACCUUAUCGAUUCAUGAUUCGUUCUCUCCGUCGAGAAGAGAGGAGACUUAAAUGUUUCACAUCAUUAGCUUUCAUUAUGCAGGAUAAAGACUUCUAUAAUCUGAUAGUAAAUAUCUGGCACUGCCGCUCCCCCCUGAGUGAGGUAGCAGAGACACAUAAACUUCGUCUAGGUCGAUGGGAUGUGACAAAAGACUGGACACCAUGGAACUGCAUUCUCCUCACUUCUGAUGAGAUGAGGGCACAUACUGAAGUGAAGAAUAUUGAGGAGGUGAGUACACAAUAUUUGUAGGAAGAAAGAAAAAAUUGAAGACUUUUCAUUCCUCAACAUGCAAUUCUCAAUGCAAUUAAUCAUAUUUGCAUAUCUUUGUAUUCCAGACAUAUGCACCAGAUUUUGUAGCAGAUGUAAGACUCAAGCACAGGUUGGCUGAAUGUCAAUUCUCUCAUCUCUUCAAAUUUGACAAGCAGCUUGUUGGAAGCAGAAAAUGGUUUGUUGUGAAAGACACCAAGGGCUACACACCGCUAUCUCAGCCUGGCGACACUUGAAACGGGAUGAGAAUAAGCUUCUAUAUUCAUGGCAUUGUAAUGAUAUUGUAUGUAUGUAUCGGUACUGCCCAAUCACACUGUAAUAGUAGUUUCCGC